GUUUUAAAGCUCAUCAGAUCCACACACACACACACACCUCGUCUCUCCCUUAUUUGUAUGUUCGGUUCUUCGAAAAAACAAAUUAAAAGAUUACGAAAGGGUAAACUAAAACAUAUCCAAAAAGCGACGCAAGGGCAAAAUCGGAAAAAGUUUUUGUUUCUUCAUCUUAAUGGCCGCCGUAAGCAGCUCGUCGGAGACAGGAGGCAGUGGCGCCGUCGUGAAGAGAGAUGAGAUCAUGUUGUUUGGAGUCAGGGUUGUUGUUGAUCCUAUGAGAAAGUGUGUGAGUUUGAACAAUCUCUCUGAUUACGAAGAAAAGUCUUCGCCUGAUGAUGAUCAGAUCCCUAAGCUUCUCGUCGCCGGAGAAGAUAAGAACGAAGCGGACGCGACGACGGUGAUUCUCGCCGACGGCUACGCCUCCGCCAAUGACGCGGUUCACAUCUCUUCUUCAUCCGGGGGUAACCGCGAGAGGAAACGAGGAGUUCCGUGGACUGAGAAUGAGCACAAGAGGUUCUUGAUUGGGCUUCAGAAAGUAGGAAAAGGAGAUUGGAAAGGCAUAUCAAGGAACUUUGUCAAGAGCAGGACUCCUACUCAAGUUGCUAGUCACGCUCAGAAGUACUUCCUCCGACGAACCAAUCUCAACCGUCGUCGCCGAAGAUCUAGCCUUUUUGACAUUACAACCGAUACGGUUACAGAUAUGCCCAUGGAGCAAGAUCAAGCUCAGGAGUGCUCACCACUACCUGAAACUAACAUCAGCUCUGGACAUGAUCAAGUUAUGCAAGUUUUUCCUGAAGUUGCUGUGCCGACAAAAAUUGAGACUUCACCACAACAGACGUUUAAUCUCAACGAUACAUAUCUGGUCCCAGUAACCUUCCAAGCAAAUCCUGCUUUCAAUCUAAACACAGAUGCUGCACCGCUUUCUCUCAACCUUUCUCUGGCCACCUCAUUUAAUCUUAACGAGCAACCCAACUCAAGACACUCAGCGUUCACAAUGAUGCCAAGCUUCAGUGAUGGAGAUAGCAAUAGCAGCAUCAUCAGAGUUGGUUAGACCUAAAAAGCCAAGGGGAAAAAAAAGAACAAAUAACAGAUGAAGGCUGUAGGGAUGGACGAACUGUGUUUAGGUGUUCUUCAUCAUUUUCGUUUGUUUGUAAAAACUCUCUGGUCACACACACACACACACACUGUUCUGAGUCGUUUUCUGCUGUGUGUGUUUUGUUUUUGUGGUAUGUGUAAGUUAAAAAAACAAACAAGUCGUGAUUCUCAUGUGGCCCAUCUCAAUCAAUGGUUGGUGAUUUGUGGGGGUUUAUAGGCUUUUGUAUACUCUUAUCUUUUGGAGAUAAGCUAAACUGUAUGUAUGGGUUCGUCGAAUAUUUUAUCAUUAUCUAUAGUGUCAUAAUAAUGUCAUAUGCCAUUUUGACUUAAUUUGGUGGAUUUUUGUUCA